CACAAAAACUACGUGAUUUCGUGUAAAAGUUUAGGGCGUUAGACUAGAGAGGAUUUCGGUUUCUGGUUUCUGCAAUUGCUGCUGCCCGCUGUUGAUUCUCUUUGCUUUGCUUCCAUUUUUCGUGAUCUCCAAGGACGAAAUUGAAGCGAAAUUCGAUAGAUCGAUCGAUUUUCGACCUUCGUCUUCCGUAUGUUUCUUGUAUGAGCCCAUUUGGUUUUCUUGUGGUUCAUAAUCGUCUUUCUUAGUUUUUCGGUAUAAAAGAAGAUGAAAUCCUGUUCAUCGGAGAGAAUCGGAGUUAGACAGUACAAUAAAUCGGAACUUCCGCGGCUGCGGUGGACGCCGGCGCUUCAUCGGUACUUUGUUCAGACCGUCGAGGUCCUUGGUGGAAGAAAUCAAGCAACGCCGAAAAGAAUACUGCAAAUGAUGGGAGUGAAAGGACUGAAGAUUUCACACAUAAAGAGCCACUUACAGAUGUAUAGGAGUAUGAAAUCAGAGCAUGGCAGUAGCUGCGAGCAUGUAAUGAUGAAACAAGCCAUGGAGCAGACAAGAAGAAGAACAUUACAUUCUUCUGAUAUCAAAAUCUUCAUGUCUUCAGUCUCCUCUUCAAGUGGGAUAUUAAGAGAAGAAGAAGAGUUCAAUAGAAGCAAUGGAAAGCACGACUCUUCGUCCAAUAUAGAGGACAGAAUUAUUUCUCAACAGGAUUCAGAUUCAAGCUUGGAAAGCAGAAUGUCAGAAGAGGUGGAAUGCAUUGGUGGGUCAAUGUUAGAGGACCAAACUUGUGAACUUUCACUAUCCCUCAAACCCACUCAUCAUUCCCCUAUCACACAACAAAUUCUACAGAGACAAUUACAACUAUGCCCCACCAUACCUCAUCAUCAACAUCCCAACACCUCUCCUAAUUUUGUACGACUCAAUGAAUUUCCUCAUCCUCACCAUAUCAAUUUGGACCUAACCAUAUGAACAAAAUCUUCAUCCUUCAUAGCUUUUAGGUAUUU